CAAGCACAUCAUUGAAGGGUGUUACAUUUGUAUUGGCACAAAACUUGAAAAGAUGGAGAGCAGCUUAGGUGAUAUGUUGCUGAAGGUUGCUGUGUUCUUACUAGUUCAAGCUUUGGUGUACCUUAUUCUUUCCAAUUCAUCAAACAUCUUCUCCAAGACCAUCAAGAAAUCUAACAGCUUCAAGCCUGCUCGCUCGGUAAGCAUUCGCCGGAUGCUGGCUUUGAUCUCUGAUUUCCCCCCUGAAGGAGAACCCUCUCCGUCUCCAAAGGGUCCUCAAUCACCAACCCUUCAAAAUUAAGUGAUCAAAGCUUUUAAUUGCAGCUACCAAAAUUCCGAAAGAAAAAAAUGGAGGCAAUUAAUUCAUGCAUGUAAAUUAUUGUUUUCUUUUCUCUUUUUCAUUGUAGAGGCUAUUGUAUUGCCAAUUUAGCUGAACAAUCCAAAAUUAUUGGUUUGUAGUUCUUGAAUUCUUUUGUUCAUUCAUUUUUUUAAUCAUGAAUAUUGUGAUAUAUUUAGGAAUGGAAUGUUGAGAUUCAUUUGCUUUUACCUCUGCUUUGUACAUGGAGGACCAGAUUUAGUUAAGAACUCAAUGAUUAUGGGUCAUAUGC